CGAACAGCCGCGGUGGAAGGUCCGAUUCGCGCAACGACACGACGCAUACUUGGUGCGAAUUUGUGUGCGGAUACGUACAGCGUGUUAGAGAGAUUGUGCUGCUGCUGCUUGCUUCCUUGCUAAAUUCUAACCAUACGGAGUAGUGGCAACGGGGAACGAAACGUGCCGUAACCGACACAACAUUUGUAAAGAAGGUACCUUUUGCUUCCGUUUGCUUCGUCUUUGACCGGGCUGGCGGCUGCUGGAAUACAUUGAGUGAAAUAGGCAAAGAACGAUCCACCAGCACGCAAUACGACCGUUCUGUGUAAGGGUGGAGGGAAACCUGCGUCUGCGUCGGAACAUUGUCAUCGUAGUAAAGCAUUGCCUGCUCGACAAGCCCUCGGCGGAACAGCGGUAGCAGUAGCAGCUUUGUGCUCCAAAGUGAAGUAGAAACCCCCAACACGAAACAAACAAGAAACGAAACGAGCAAAAAAAAAAGAUACGGUUCCACAUUCCCCGUAUACCAAUAAACGACGCGACCGCGACCUACAAUCAUGGCCAACAUGCACGAGGACGAAAUGAAGCACUGCUACGAGAACCUGAUCGUGGUCGACGUCGGUGCGAACCUCACCAACAAGAAGUACAUCCGUGAUCUGGAUUCGGUGAUACAGCGCGCAAAGGAUUCCGGCGUACAAAAGAUCAUGGUCCCCGGGACGUCGGUAAAAUCGAGCAAGGAAGCACUACGGCUAACGCGCAUCUACCCCGGCAUCAUCUACUCGACCGCCGGCAUACACCCGCACGAUUCGAAAUCGAUCAUCGAGGAGCCGAGCACCUGGCACGACUUUCAGCUGAUGGCCGGUGCGCCCGAGUGUGUCGCGAUCGGGCCGUGCGGGCUGGACUACCAGCGUGACUUUUCCGAGCCCUGCGUCCAGAAGGAGAUCUUCGAGCGGCAGCUAAAGCUGGCGUGCGAGCUGCAGAAGCCCAUACUGAUCCACGAACGAUCGGCCCAGGAGGACGUACUGGAGAUACUAACGAAAUUCCAGCCAGCACAGCCGAUCAUCGUGCGCGGCUUUAUGGGCACGACGGACGAAGCGUUAAAGUAUCUGGAGCGUGAUUACUACAUCUCACUUACCGGCUAUCUGUGCAAGGACAAAUCCGACACCGGCGUACGGAAGCUGCUCGAGGACGGCCGGCUGCCGAUGGAGCGCCUGCUGGUCGAGACGGACUCCCCGUUCAUGUAUCCCAACACGCGGGCCUCCAAGCUGCCGCAGCACGUGAAGGGCGGCCUGACGGAACGAUCGCUGCUGUAUCUGCACCGUUACUGCACGUUCCAGCGCAACGAACCCUGCAGCCUGCCGGCCAUCGUCGAGAUGAUAGCGGCGUUCAUGAACAAAAAGCCGGAAGAUGUCGCGCUGGCCACCGCCUUCAACGCACUGAAGCUGUUUGGACUGUCUCAAUGAUCAUCAUCACCAGCACCCCCAACCCUUCUCUCUCCCCCCCAUUCUGGAACGAACGACGAACGACAGCAUCCCAAUUCUGUUGUGCCAACAUACGCGCCAACACAGAUCGCGGAUGAUGAUAUUUCUAACAGCGAUUUCGACUAUACGACUCGAUCCUACUAAUAUAAAGGGGUUUGCUUUUUAUGCUAACCCCCCUUCCCCCCUUCCCCAUCCUUCUUUUCGCUUUGAUGUUUAGAUUGAUGUUUUGAUUACUUUUGUGUAUGUGUGCGUGCGUCUGUGUGUUUUGUGGGAUUUGGCAAAUACGCAAAACGCAUCAGCGAAUCAACCACAAACGCGACGACGACGAAGACGACGCCGACGUUCGCGCUGUUAGAAGCGGGAACGAAAAUAGGGUUAGAUGUAACAGUUUGUUUGUUGAUGCAAUUGAUAAUAAUCGGGUUCUUGUGUUAGAUUAGCGUACAGGCUCUAUAUCGUACGUGCUGCUACCCCCUUUACAUGGUCACAUCCAGCAUCCAAGGGGAAUAGAGAAUUGAUGUGAAAGGUAUUGUGGAUGCUAUUAUCGUUAAGGAGUAUUUUGUUAAACGUUUUGUUUAUUUAGUUUUGCUAUAUAGCAGGCAACACAACAAUAUGGGUGAUACAGAUAGCGUUAGACAGCAUACAUACACAGAAACAGACACACAUACACUCUUAAAGGUCCAUUUCGUUCCCGAAUCUACAUAUAUGUAGCUGUACUGUGGGAUCAUAAUUUACGAUUUUCUUUAUCUCCUUUUUACCACCACUACAAACUGUUACUGUUACUGUUUGAGAAAACAACAACAUAAAAAAGUGCUUUUUCAUACUCUCAUAGUAGUUACGACGCCUAGAGGUUAGAGAUUGUUUAUUGUGUUUAAUGUUUAUGUUUAGCAUCGAGGGAGAGCGACAGUGAGGAUUGAAUCAAAUCGAUGGAAAAAUGAACCUAUGCUAUGAGAAUACCGAAAUCAAGCGAAAGACUGAGUGGCGUAAAUAAUCGGAGACAUGCCGAAGCGUAUGGUUGCGAUGCAGAGAAUAGAGCGUAUGUCAGUGGCGAGAAGAUUUUGUUCGAUGGUCUUCCAGCUUACAGAUAGGAUAGAUAGAUAGAUAGAUAAAGGUUAGGGUAACCCCAAGCGGGGGUGUGACAAUUUCCUGCGAGCCAACCAAAGCCAAGAUCGGCAGGAUUCCGUCGUCAUAGGAUGGACGCGCCAACUCCUGUAUUAUUCGGAUGAUUCACAACGUUUCCGCAUAAACAAGGGAGUGAGGCGGGAGUGUUGUAAUCAGCAUCUAGAAUCGUAUAAAAUCCCUGCCGAACAGCGCCGGAAAGUGCCAUACUUUAUAUGUCUCAAAUAAGCUACGCUAAUGUAUGUAACAUUUGAAUUGUAUAAAGUGGUAACACUGUU